AUGGCCGCCGAGAAGGACACGGCCACCACGUCUGGCAUCGAGGCCAUCGACACCACUAGCCAGACGCUGGAGAAGCGCAAUGACAGCAUCAUCAACAUCAAAGAGUCGGAAAGCGAGGACAAUGACAACAUCACCGACCUUUUCGUCAGCUUCCCGCCCAUCAAGGGUGGCCAUCACGAGAAGAACCCGCUCACCAUCCGUGCCGUCAUCGUUGGCGUGAUCUUGGGCUCGCUCGUCAACGCCUCCAACGUCUACCUCGGUCUCAAGACGGGCUUCACCUUCAGUGCGAACCUCUUUGGUGCCAUCUUUGGUUACGGUAUCAUCACCGUUCUUUGCAAGUUCUUGCCCAACACCCCCAUUCUGGGCAUGCCUUUCGGGCCCCAGGAAAACUCCAUCAUCCAGGCCGCCGCCACUGGUGCUGGUGGUAUUGCUGGCCCCUUCGUCGCCGGUUUCCCUGCCAUGUACAGACUUGGUCUCUGGCAGCAGCCUGGCCAGUCGCAACAGGACCAGAGCCCGUCGCACGACUUUGGUAGCAUCAUUGCCAUCACGGUCAUCUGUGCUCUUUUUGGCCUGUUCGCCGCCAUCCCUCUCCGCAAGUUCUUCAUCAUCAACGUUGCGCGCGAGCUCAACCUCAUCUUCCCCACCCCCACGGCCGCCGCCCUUACCAUCCGAUCUAUGCACUCUGUCGGUUCCGGAGCUGCCGAUGCCAUCAAGAAGAUUAAGGCGCUCUUGGCUUCCUUCUUUGGUGGCAUUAUUAUCCUCGUUUGUGGAUCCUAUGCCAACGGCAUCACUCACGAAUGGCACAUCUUUACGUGGUUUUAUGCCUGGGGCGGCUAUUCCCACCCCUUGCUGAUGACCAUUGAGAGCUGGGGCUGGUAUAUCCUGCUUACUCCUGCUUUCUUUGGAUCGGGUCUCCUCGUCGGCCGCAACGCCGCCCUCUCGUGGUGGCUCGGUACGUUUGUCGCAUGGGCCAUCAUCGGGCCGGUCUUGGUCUCUUACGGAGAGUGCAGAACCAACGAACUCUUCGACGAGGACAGCAAGUGGCACCCUUACGUAUCAUUCGCCAGUAUGUCUGGUCUUGGUAACGGCAAGCCCGUCUCUCCUCGCUUCUGGAUGCUUUGGCCUGGCGUUGCCGUCCUGAUUGUUUACAGUAUGACGGAGUUUGUUAUGCACAUCCGCGUUGUCUGGGAGGGUGUCAUCUACGCGUGGCGCGGUGGUUGUGAGGCGGUACACAGGCGAAUGGAGAAGAGCGGCAAGCACAAUGCUUACAUCGCGGGCCAGGCGGCCAAGGCAAGCGACCCAAGCAACCUCGUGGAGGACUUUGCUACAAAAGAGCAGCAAGUCCCUGAUUGGGUCUGGAUGACAGGUGUUCUGGUUAUGACCGUCAUGGCCAUGCUCAUUUGCCACUUCAAAUUCGGCAUGAACCCAGGCCUUGCUCUGCUUUCCCUCAUCUUGGCCCUCAUUUUUGCCUUUCUUUCCAUCCACGGUGGUGCUGUCACUGAUAAUACCCCUUUGACUGCAUCCGCCAAGGCUUCUCAGCUCGUGUUUGGUGGAAUUACCCACGGAUGGGAGAAGACGCACGCUCAGCGCAUCAAUCUGAUUGCUGGCAACAUUGCUUCGGGCUGUGCAAAUGUGUCUACAGAUCUGACCAGUGACUUCCGCGUUGGCUUUCUUCUCAGGACCCCGCCAAACAAACAGUUUUACGCGCAGUGCGUUGGUACUAUCGUGGCCAUCUUCUUGGCACCUGGCAUGUUCGUCCUGUUCAUGGCUGCCUACCCAUGUGUCUGGCAGGCUGACUUGAGCGAGCUGGAGCAAGCGCAAUGUGCUUUCCACGCACCAUCGGCUGGCGCCUGGCAGGCUGUCGCGGAAGCCAUGACCCUGCCCUCAAUUCCUAUUCCCCACAGCUGUGUCGUCUUUACUAUCGUCAUCGCCGUCCUCGUCGGACUCCAAGUCGUUGUCAAGAACCUCUUCCUUGUCGGUCCUCGCGAGAAGUACCGCGCCUUCCUCCCUAACUGGAUGAGUAUUGGUGUCGCUUGGGUUCUUGGCCCCGACACCGGCUACGCCAACAUGGUUGCCUUUGGCGCAAUUACUGCUUGGUGGUGGAGGAAGUACUUUCCCCGCAGUUUCGAGGUCUACUGCUAUGCUGUUGCUGCCGGCCUUAUCGCUGGUGAGGGUCUCGGCGGUGUCAUCAAUGCCGCCCUCACAUUGGGUGGCGUUGACGGUACGACCAUCGGUACUAAGAUUGGUAUUCCCGGCGAGUUCUAG